UCUCCCAUAAUCCUCCCACCAUUUCAAAUUCUCAUUUCCUUAUAUUUACUCCAUCUAAAAUCCUCAUCAAUAAUAAUAAUAAAUAAUUUGUUAUAUUACAAAAAGAAGAAGAAAACUGUUGGUUGGUUAUAUGCGCAUCAAACUAAUUAGUCGGUCAAUUCAAAGUUUGACUGCAAAACAUAUGGCUGAAGAAUUGAACUCAUCAUCAUCUGCAGCAACAACAACAGCAAGGACAAAUAAAAAGUGGUCGUCUGUAUUUCGAUGGAUACCGAGUUCCUCUGAUCACAUUAUCGCCGCUGAAAAACGCCUUCUUUCUAUCGUCAAGACUAAAUAUACACAAGAAAAGGUUGAUAUUGGCACUGGCCCACCUGGGUCGAAGGUCAGGUGGUUUCGUUCUGCCAGUAAUGAAUCGAGAUUUAUCAACACCGUUACCUUUGAUAGUAAAGAGGAUUCCCCUACUCUUGUGAUGGUUCACGGAUAUGCUGCUGCUCAAGGGUUUUUCUUCAGAAAUUUUGACGCCCUUACUAAACAUUUCAGGGUGAUUGCAAUUGACCAACUUGGUUGGGGUGGAUCAAGCAGGCCCGACUUCACUUGCAAAAGUACCGAAGAAACUGAGGCUUGGUUCAUUGAUUCCCUUGAGGAAUGGCGCAAAGCCAAAAAGCUCGACAAGUUUAUUUUGCUUGGGCAUUCUUUUGGAGGAUAUAUUGCUGCUAAAUAUGCCUUAAAACAUCCGGAGAAUGUGCAACAUCUGAUUUUGGUGGGACCUGCGGGGUUUACAUCAGAAACUGAUCAUAAGCCGGAGUGGCUUACCAAAUUUCGAGCCACAUGGAAAGGAGCGCUUAUAAAUCAUUUGUGGGAGUCUAAUUUCACUCCUAUGAAGGUUCUUAGAGGUUUAGGUCCUUGGGGUCCAAAUUUGGUCCGCAGAUAUACAAGUGCAAGAUUUGGUGAGCAUUCUACUGGGGACAUGUUGACUGAGGAAGAGUCCACCUUACUCACAGAUUAUAUAUACCAUACUCUGGCGGCCAAAGCAAGUGGAGAGCUCUGCUUGAAGUACAUCUUCUCAUUUGGGGCGUUCGCUAGAAGUCCUCUAUUACAAAGAUCUUCAGAAUGGAAAGUGCCAACAACCUUUAUAUAUGGGGUUCAAGAUUGGAUGAAUUACCAAGGGGCAGUAGAUGCAAGGAAGAACAUGUCUGUCCCAUGCGAGAUCAUAAGGGUCCCAAAGGCUGGUCAUUUUGUCUUUUUAGACAAUGCAAGCGGAUUUCACUCGGCAGUAUUACAUGCUUGCCGCAGGUUUCUCUCGUCAGAUCCUAAUGGUUAUCCUUUACGUGAAGGUGUUGUAUCCAUAUAGUAUAUUCGACUCAUUGUAUUAGUAGUUGUAACAUUCAUUUAAUAUGCUUUAUUCUGUUAUAUAUAACUGAUACACUUAUCAGGCUAAAAAUUAUAGUAACAGAGUGAAGACGGAAAAAGAAAAUGUGUUUUUGUCACAUGAAAUUGUAGUUAGGCCUUAGCGUAGAACAUCUAUUAUACGUUGUACAAAAACCCUUCAACUUGAUCAUGGAGAUAUAUUACGUAUCCAUUCUUGUCA